AUGAAUGGCAGCAAUGGUGACAGUGGGAGCAACAGUGCGGGUGACAGUGUAGAUGGUGUGGACAUCGGGGGGAUGACAGCAUGGUACAGAGCAAAGGACCCCAGGGAGAACACAGGGACCUGCAUGGAGCUGUGCAUCCUGAUCAUUUGGGAAAACAAAGAGGAAGAACUCAUAGAAAACCUGGAGGUGGUCACCGUGCCCUCCCCGUCACCAAAAGGCCUGCCUGUGAAGCGUUACGCUGUGCAGUCCCGGCUUCCGGUGCACGAGUGGCCCGCCGUGGGGGCUGGGGAGUACGAUGUUGGAGUGGUGGCUUCCUUUGGCCGCCUUUUGAGUGAGGCCCUUAUUCUUAAGUUUCCCUAUGGCAUAUUGAACAUCCAUCCCAGCUGCCUCCCAAGGUGGCGGGGUCCAGCCCCUAUCAUCCAUACCGUGCUCCAUGGAGAUGCCAUUACUGGAGUGACGAUUAUGCAAAUUAGACCCAAAAGGUUUGAUGUAGGUCCAAUUCUCAAACAGGAGACUAUUCCCGUGCCACCCAAGAGCACCGCAAAGGAACUGGAGGCCGUGUUAGCCAGACUGGGUGCCAACAUGCUUAUUUCCGUUUUGAAAAAUUUACCUGAAAGUUUGAACAGUGGAAGGCAGCAGCCAACUGAGGGGGUGACAUAUGCCCCUAAGAUUUCCGUCAGUACCAGCUGUGUAAGAUGGGAGGAACAAACAGCAGAGCAAAUACUCAGACUUGCCCGUGCCAUUGGAAACAUAAUUCCAUUGCAGACAGUCUGGAUGGGGCAUACCGUUAAACUUCUGGAUCUGGUAGACGUUAACAGUUCCGUCCUUGCUGGUACUAACCUCUGGCUAGCUGACAUGGAAGACAUUUUCUCUGUACUGUCUUUGAAAUUGUGUGUUUCUAUAAGGAUGGUUUGGGUUUCAGUUCAGUAGUGUUAAGACUGGACACUCCUUUACUGUUUUUUUAGCCUUUGCCGUAUCCAUCCGAAUGUAUUUGCUCAUUUAAUCGGGCUCAGCAAGGUUAAACUGGCUUCAAGCACUGUGACUUCCUGCCUUCGGGUUUCCAGAGGAUGCACAGUGCUCCUUAGCUUCGUUCUUCUGAAUGUCGUAAUGGCAAUCCAGGCAGCUCAGGAAGAAUGUGAGGCCAGUCUCGGAACAUUCCAGAUUGGACCAGUCAUAGGUUCUUCCCAAGGCCCAUCAGUAAUCUUCCAAUCUGGUGUGAAGGGUGAGCACCAGAGGACACUGGUCUGGUUCAGUGGUAGCCUACGAGUUGUCUGGAAUUGAGAAAUUGAGGUUUGGUACAGAAUGCAAGUACCAGCUUAGAACGUAACCCUCCUGUAUAGUUCCCCCAUUCGUAUGUAGAUACUUCCCCAUAUAAUCCAAAAUCUCCAGUUCAGGUUGUUACUGAAAGACUGGUAAAGAACUUCCUAGGUGUACAGACAGCUAUUUUGUGUUCAUGAUGGUCACAGAACACCUUUACUCAGUCUGAAAUCUUGAGUUAAAGUCAGGGCAUCCAUCCAAAGAGCCAUGAAAACCACUGCCAUCGAGUCAAUUCUGACACAGGUGACCCCAUAGGGCAAAGUAGAACUGCCCCUUUGGGUU